AUGCAAAUAGCUGUAACAAAUAAACUUAAUGAAAGUUUUCAAUCAGUACCGAUGCCUAAUUAUGGUGAUUGGUUGAGAAAUCAUGAAGAAAAAGGACAAACUAUGAAAUCAUUUGAACGAACUACAUCAAAAGCUAUUCCCCAUACAACUUUUAGAACAAUUUAUAUUCAACCAGUUGGUAGUUUUAAUUAUCCAAGAGCUGCACCACUUGAUGUUAUUAUUCAAUUUGCUCGUGUAUUUUUUGCAGGAUGUGAAGUUGAAUUAUUACCAACAAUUGAUUUUUCAAAAGAUAUGAAACAUAGAGAAAAUAAUGGAAUAAGACAGUAUCGAACAGAUGGUUUUUAUGAUUAUUUAUCUCAAACACGUGAUCGUCGUGAUGCAAGACGAGAACUUUUAUGUGUUGCUGUAACUAUGGCUGAUAUUUAUCCCGAUGAAAGUUGGAAUUUUGUUUAUGGACAAGCACGAGUAAUAGAUGGUCUUGGUGUUUAUUCAUUUGCACGUCUUGAUCCAUUAUUUCUUGCAUCACCACAAACUUUACUCACUGUUCCAUUAACUAAUGAACAUCGUAUAAUAAUGCUUCGACGUUGUGUAAAAAUUCUUCUACAUGAAUUAGGUCAUUUAUUUGGUUUAAAGCAUUGUAUCUAUUAUGUGUGUUUGAUGAAUGGUGCAAAUAAUCAAAUUGAAAUGGAUCGACAGACUUUAUAUCUAUGUCCUGUUUGUUUACGUAAACUUUAUUCAACACUUCAAUUUGAUGUUCGACAUAUGUAUGAAAAUUUUGUAAAUCUAUGCGAAAAAUACGGACUUGAAGAAGAACGUAUAUGGUAUCAAAAACGUCUAGAUUGUAUUCAAGAUAAUAAAAGAUAA